ACGAAAUGAACCGCUCGUUUAAAAACAACCGCGGUUGUUGCAUCGCGUCUCCGAAUUCAGUUUGACUUCCGUCGCUCGCCCGGUCUUUCGUGACGGGUCCUUUUGAUGCGCGUUGAGCUACCGAGUGGGAGUUUCUUAAACUAGACGAGGGGUGUGGAAAAGUCGUAUCAGUGCCGACGGUGUCUGGGAGCGAAACCGAGCGCGCACCGGGAGCGCGCGCACCGGACAGCUUCUGACGCCGGAGGAGAGCGAGGAGCGAGUAGGAACCCCGUUCAUCUGCCCUGCCGCGCCAGCCUUGUCAGAUCGAGACAUCCCUCGCCCUCUGUCCGGUAAACUAGGACACCCUGGGAAGCGGAUUGAAUUCUCUCCUCAAAUCACAACACCUUCGCCGCCGCAAUCCCUCCAUCCCGCGGCUCAGGAAUACAAAGUUGUAUCACUUUUAAACGACUCUCCUGGACUGAACUCUUCUGGUUUUUUGACAAAAAAAACAUCUUUUUUUUGUGUGUGUGCGUGUGCGUUUUGAGUUGGCUUGGAUAUGCGCGCGCGCGUCGACUUGAUUCCCGCCGCUACUUAGCGUGGAAUAUCCGAGGACUUUACUCAACGCUCCAGAAGAAAAGAAAAAUACUUUGAAGUGCUAUGGGAAUUUGAGGAGUUUGUUUAUUUAGCUAUUUUCCUUAAGAUGCGUGUGGGGCGAGAGUCUUCGCCGCCCCUUUUUAGACCAGAAUUAGUCAGCGUGGUCCCGGAGUAGAGGCUAGAUCGGUGUCUUCUCGAUCUCACGCACUCUCCUCACUCUCCUUUUCUUCUUCCCCCUCCUAAGGUUAUUUGUAUAUUUCCGUGGAAUAACUGAUCUGGAAAACGACUGAACGACAAAGUGUCUUGCCUCUCCUCCCCCCACCACCACCACCACCGCCGCCUGUAACUGACAGGCGGUUCAAGGUUUGUUCUUCUCCGGAGAAUGCUCAAUGAUCGAUGGGGAAUCAUGAACAGCUCACCGGAACUCGAAGACGGACAGCGGGGCAAGAAUCAGACAUUCUGUGAGUGUGUGCCCAACUCUUCUCAGCUCAAACAUCGCUGGUCAGACUCAGACACAGUCAGACAAACACCGCCCAAGAGGAUGAGUUGUAGCUAUCUGCUUUGUACCAUCCUGCUUUUCGUGGCCGUUCUGCUCGCAGUCACAGUGACGGGAACCAUUCUUCUCAUGAACCACUACCAGGCCCCGCCCAUGUCGGACGGCCCCCCUCAUAUUAGCACAAACCAGGACGAAGCCAAUGCGUUGGUGACAGUCGAGAGGGGUGAUGGAUCACGCAUCAAUAUCUUCAUCGACCCCAACUGCCCUGAUUAUAACAGUAAUUUCCUGCGGCUCGAAGGCGUGCAGACGUCUUUGCUGCAUUCGCUCACCGACCACGAUACGGAUCUCAAGUCCGUCAAAGGUCAGGAUCGAGCGCUAUUGGUCAACUUGGCAGAGGAAGUUGCUAAGCUGUCUGCCCACGCGGGACAGCUGAAGAUGGACUAUGAGUCUCUCAGAAGAGGACAAAGCAACCUGGGACAGGAUCUGAAUACACUGCAGACUGAACAGAGCAGACUUAUACAGCUGCUGUCCGAGAGCCAGAUUAACAUGGUGAAGGUUGUCAACUCUGUGAGCGAUGCUCUAAAUGCCAUGCAGAAGGAAACUGGAGGUUUGAAGGCCAGGGUGAAGGCUGACCUGCAGAGGGCGCCAGUCAGAGGAGUCCGUCUUAAAGGCUGUGCUAAUGGAUCCCGUCCACGGGACUGCAGUGAUAUAUACGCUAGCGGUCAGAGAGAAGAUGGCAUCUACUCUGUUUUUCCCACUCAUUAUCCCGCCGGCUUUCAGGUCUACUGUGAUAUGAGCACGGACGGAGGUGGCUGGACGGUAAUCCAGCGGAGGGAGGAUGGGUCUGUGAACUUCUUCAGGGAGUGGGACUCCUACAGGGAAGGAUUUGGCAAAAUCACUGGAGAGUACUGGCUCGGGUUGAAACAAAUACAUGCUCUCUCUAUCCAAGGCAACUACGAACUGCGUAUAGAUCUUGAGGAUUUCGAGAACAGCACAGCUUUCGCACAGUAUGGUGUGUUUGGAGUUGGACUGUUCUCUGUUGACCCCGAGGAUGACGGUUACCCCCUCACCAUCGCCGAUUACACCGGAACCGCAGGAGAUUCGUUGCUGAAGCACAAUGGAAUGAAGUUCACCACAAAAGACAGAGACAACGAUCACUCGGAGAACAACUGUGCUUCUUUCUACCACGGCGCCUGGUGGUACCGUAACUGCCACACGUCCAACCUGAACGGCCAGUACCUGCGCGGACAGCACACCUCUUACGCCGACGGGAUCGAGUGGUCGUCCUGGACCGGGUGGCAGUACUCGCUAAAAUUCACAGAAAUGAAAAUCCGGCCAACGCGCGACGAGCGAGAAAGCAAGUAAUCGCACAAAAAGUCAAAUUUAAAUGUAAGGAAAAAAGUUUAAAAGACUUAAAUGCUGUGCUUCGUGUGUGGAAAACAAAAAGGACGGUGGUUGUUGCUAAUCAGAAAAAAGAGCUUUGUGUUGUCCUGUUUAUUAAUUUGGCAGAAAAGUCACACUGUUGUGUGGCCGUGCUGUGAGUCCCUCCAUAUGACAAUCUCUUUAUCAUCGGGCCUUGAAGUUUCUUUACCCCCCCCCAGCUGUCGAAUCUCAGCUCACCACUGCACUCAAUACUGUGAGUCACACUUCGAUUCUGACAAAAAAAAUGACACUGAAUCAAGGAUCCUAUUAUCUUGCCGCCGGUUAGGGAAUGAAUUAAUGGAGGACUAUGUAUGACAAACGAAAUGCUGGAACGGUUCCUUCUGUCAGCAAAAACCGUUUCCGUUUUCCCUUUUAUUGUUUAACACGCAAUUAAUACGCCAAACGCACAUGCCACAGCCAAAUCUCCGCUAAGUCUUCGUUUUUGAAUGAGGAGGCUAGUACAAAAGAAGAAAGUGUGAAAGACGGGAGGGAGAUGAGAGAGAGAGAGGCGGUCUAAGAGGAGAGCGGUGCAAAGGUUUCUGUGGGAGUUUGUCUCUCAUCUGUCUGACAGGCCAUUAGUGAGCAUAUUGGCCACUUUGUCUGAUCGCCAUUGCCAAGUGAUCAUCAGCCAGGCUCUUCAUCUCACACGUACGCAGAUGGAGGCCGCUCGUGUGUGUGUGUGCGCGAGCGAGAUGAAAGGAAAAUGCGAUAUUGUCUCGUCUCCUUCCCGAGUGUGCGUUUCUGACUCAGUAUAAGUUUGAGUGUUUUCGAGGAAUCUCUUUCUCGGCCGGAGAAGCCCGCUCGAGUGUGUUUACUUAGCGCUCGUACACACGUCGCUUGUUGUAUGCUAAUUCAAACGAGCCGCCCCGUCCUAGCGAACGCAGACGCGUAUAUCAGCUCAUUCACUGCCGUCUCUCUCUCCAGCUCACUUUCCAAAGGUCAGACAUCUCAAACGUGAAUAUUGUUCUUCUUUCCCCUUGUGCUCGAGCAGCUCCCUUCAUCUCUCGCCCUUUCUUUUUUUUUCCCUCCUGGUGGUCUUCUCGUUUGUUCUCCCUCCGCUCUCCCUUCGCUCUUUGGGUUUGUUUUCUCGGGCUCCCCCGUGGAAGUGGAAAAGGUCGACAUGUCAUUUAGUACAAUUACUCUGCCCAUUGUUCUCUUCUUUGCUCUUUUCUCUCACUUCUGUUCUUCCCGCUUCUGUUUUUGUAAUUCAUCUCUCUCUUAAACCUAAUUAUGUUUUUUUUUUUUUUUUAAUUCACAUUAUCGUAACGAUGACAAUUUAUUUGUACUUUGCUUAAAUGAUGUCAUUUUGAAUUCAAAACAGAGAGUUUUACAUAUUUAACAUGAUUAACGCACUAACAAAACUUUUGUUCCCUCCCUCGCUUGUUUGUGCUUUUUUUUUCACGUGUAAAGACGAGCAGUUUUCAUGCUGACUUGUGAAUGAACUUGCGCAGCACUGAUUCGUUCAUCUUGGAUUUCGCAGUUUUGAGUUUUACUUUUAAAAAUGUUAAAAAGAGCUUUAAGAUACGUGUAGAUUUCAUGUACAGUGUGUAUGUUUUAGAGACUUUUAGCGCAUGUGAAACGUUUUCUUACGGGAAAUCGACAAAAGCACACAAACGAAGCUAUAGAAAAGAUCCCUCGAUGUGUCUUGAUAUCGGCUGUAGUCACGUGACUGGGAUGGAAAGGACUCUUGUUUUAAAUUCUGGUCUGCCAGGAGGGGAGUUGAAAUCCAUUAAACGAACACCAACGAAUAAUGAGCACAUUACUCGAGAAAAUAUGUGGGAAGACGACUGUAAAAGCAACAUUACGGGAUGUUGUCAAGACUCUUAAAUGGACACAAGUGAGUGCUCAUCCUUGUCUCUGGAGUCGCCUCUAAGUUUGCACCACUUUAACUACAAAGUUGCCUCUGUCAGUUUGUGUCUUUGUUGUGUAUUUUCUCUUGUUCUCUUUUCUCUUUUUUUCUUUUCCCCCUCCUCUCAUUCUGUGGAAUUACAUCACAGUCGGCCCCUUUUCUCUGUCACCAUUUGCUUCAAAGUUAACCAUGCCGCCUGUUCAGCUGUCAAUAAUGUUUCUCCAGUGCGUUGCCAUGGCAAUGAUCCCCUGAACAAAAGCUAACAGGCUCAACAGAAGAACGUUGGAUAGAGAUGUUAAAUGAUGUAACUAUGUCAAGAAAGGACGAAAAGAGUGCACAUUAUAAUGGGACAAAUGCAAUUUGAAAUAAUUUGUAAUUAAUGGUCUCUGUGAGAAUGAGUGCGUGCGCGCGCGUGACUGAAUGAAAAAGAAAAUAUACUUGUAAAGAAAAAAGUAAAUUGUUCUUUCCGUGUAUGACAUUGGCUCUUCAUAUUGUGUGCAUAUGAAAAAAAAAACAAAUAAAUAACAUAUAAAUAAAUUGAUUUCUGCAAUGGCACUGCAUGGAUUUUGA